AUGGAAUUCAAGCGGGCAGAGCGGCAUCUGGAGCUGUUAGAUGAGGCUCGCCACCAGGAUUCGGCUCCCGAAGGUGAGCUCGCCAAGUCGCUAACGUCGACGCUGAUACCUGAUGAAUCGGGGCAGGAAGUAUUUCUGAGUACUCAAAUCCAAGCUCAAAUGGAUGAAUUGGAUCGUCAGCAGGACGUACGUCGGUCUUUGACUCGGUUUGCGCUCCAGGCUAGUCCGGAAACGCAGCAUACUGCUACGGACUCAGCACAGCAGGAAGGAACCAAACGCAGGCCUCUUAAACGUGCCAAGGGUCAGAAAGACACAAGGCGUCCUACGCGAAAAAGAACGGCCACGAAGAUCAAAAGCAUCACGCAGUUCAACACGGAUAAUUUCGAGUCCGAACAGCAGCUUUCGCGCGCAGAACGAGUCGUGUCACUGCUGUCAGGCAAAAAACGAAAAGUUAAAGACAUUUUGGGCCGUUUGAAGCGUCAGGACGCUCACGAACCCAGCAUUUCGCGUUUUGCUACUUACGACGAACGCGAAUGGCAGCACAUACUGCAGCUGCUACAAGCCAACUUCCAGCAAUGCCCGCGGGCCCAAAUGAGAGAAGUACGGGACUACGUAUACGGCUCAGGUCCAGAUAUCUGGUGCUCUUCCCAAUUGCCUCCAACGCAGCAGGAGCAGAAAGAAAGUAUAGAUAUGGCAAGCAGCUUACCUGCAAACGUCCCUUCACUUUCCGUCCCCGUUGCCGAUUCUUUAGUGUUCUCCUUAUCGCAAGUGAUGGAUGUCAAGCAAGCUCGCAAUCGUGCUGCUCCUUCAGAGGAUGAGAAGGCUCGUAGCGAGAUCUCCAAUUCGUCCAUGGACCUCGGUUCUCGUAUUGGAAUCGACGACCAUAGAGAUGAGGGUAUCUCAGCGGAAAAAUUGGAAAGUUUGGGUUCUGGAAGCAUGCUCCACGCAGAUUUGGAAGCAGUGCUUGACACCCACUUGAGCCCAUCAUUCGACGAAUCAGUUCACACUCACUCUACGCAAUCGCAUCCUCCCAGUGUUGACCUGAACACUUUUCAAAAUAACAAGUCGCCCUUGAUCCCUGCUACUUUUGGCGACAAUCUCAUCGACCUCACGCAGGACUCAUUUGCGGUGGUGAAGAGCUUAAUUUCUCCAUUAGAAACUGACGUGCAGGUGCCGGCUACACGUACUACGACUUUGAAUGCGGGAUGCGGCGCUGAAAGGCGUCUCAUCUUUCGCAAUAUUGGGAGAAGUGUUAACUUCAAAGAUCCCGCUCUCCAAAAAUCUCUUGAACUGAGGUUUUUGGACAGCGAUCAUGCAGUCCUUGACAGCGAGGAAGAAGACGGCUAUGAAUUGCUUGAAAUAAGGCCCAGGCCUGUUCCUGUUCAAAGACUAGCGACGGCAAGUGCUGCCAAACUUGUGCAAAGCGGUGUGUUCGAAACACCACCCGCUAAAAUCACAUCGCUAGACGAUUCUACUUUGAUGUCAACUUCAGCUCACGAGCUUAGAAGUUCUUUGAGGAAAAUGGGAUUUAAACCCAAACGAACCCGGUUAGAGAUGGUAAAACAGAUGCAGCAGUUAUCUCAGCAUCUGAAAGGUAAUAGCAACGAAGAACGACGCGAAGAAAUCUAUGAUCAACUUUUGUCCACCAUCGAACAACUUCCGGACUUCUUCGCCAGGAUUUACACUUAUGAGCCCAUACCACUGUCCGAACUCGUUAGGGUUCUUGUCAAGGAAAACCCUUUCAUGGACGAUAUCGAAGACGUGGUUGUGCGAGACUGGGCGGAGCGAAUGGGCAUUUCCUUAACCGCUGCGCCGGAAUGA